AUGGAGCCGGAAGAGCGAAAGAUCUCUGUGUGGGUCUGCCGGGAGGAGAAGCUGGUCUCCAGGCCUACGAAGCAAACCACCUGCACCGACGUGGUCAAAGUCCUGCUGGAGGACCAGAACCUGCAGCAGGGCACCUCGGCGGAUAUGCUGUCCGGCUCUCCGCAGUCCUAUUGCGUGGUAGAGAAAUGGAGAGGCUUCGAGAUGAUUUUACCCAAUAAGACCAAGAUCCUCCGGCUGUGGAGUCCCUGUGGGGAUGAGCAAGAUAAUGUCCGCUUCGUCCUGGUGAAGAACGAGGCUUUGCUGCUCAACAACGGGCCCCGCAGCGCCGAGGCCCGUGUGGUCCAGACCUGGGAGAGCGGCGGUCCAAGCUGGUUGCUAAUAGGCACCGCCAGGACUUGCUUGACCGCCGCGGCCGCUGCCGCUAACAUGUCCCAGGAGAAACAGAGACGAAUAGUCAGGAAGGCUUUCAGGAAGUUGGAUAAGAUUAACAAAAAUAAAGGACAGGCUGUUCCUAAAGAUAAGGGCUCCAUGGAGAAGAUUGAGACUCUGGCUCACCUGGUGAUCUCCCAGGAUCACACAAUCCGCCAUCAGAUCCAGAGGAUCAAGGAGCUGGACCGGGAGAUAGAGCGGUACGAGGCCAAAGUGCACUUCGACCGCAUUAAGAGACACGGGGUAAACUAUGUGCAGGACACAUACAUGGUGGACUGCUCCUCGGAGGCUCCCGCUCCUACAGACUGCAAGCUCAAAGCGGAGCGACAGGUCGCGCGGUGCACAGCGGAUACGGUCGUCCAGUUCGAGGAGUACGCGCGCCGGUGUCAGGAGGUGGUGGGGCUGCAGGAGGAGCUGACGGUGAGCGAGGCACUUGUGGAGAGCAUAACCGGGGAGAUCCAGGAGGAGCUCAACCGGCGGUGGAUUAAGCAGCGGCGUGAGGAUAGAGUAGCGGAAGUGACGAAGGAUACAGACAGCGUCGUGGAGGAGAUGUGCCUGGCAGCGUCUGCCGCUCCAGCUGUGGAAAGUUUGUCUGAGAACGAGUUUGCACUAGCUGAGAGGAUCAAAACGCACCUGGACACCAGUCUGUACAUUGACCUGCGUCUGAAGACAGACCUAGACGCCAUCAGGGGGGACUUGGACCUGAGUUUGGCGCUCUGGGAAACCAGGGAGAGUGAACUUUUGGACCUUCUGGCCAAAGUUGAGACCAUGGAGAUAGAGCAGGUAAACAACAAACUGACUGAUGAUGAUAAGGCAGAGCUGGGUGCAGUGAGCCCUGAGGUUGAGCCUGCAUCAGCAGAAAAGAGUACUGUCUGGGUGGACAACCCAGUACCACGCCUAAGCGUGUAA